AUGUCCUCCUCCUCCUCCAACAACAAAAUCCUCGAAGGAGUCUUCGGUACUGUACGCUUCCACCAACCCUCCUUCCUCCCAUCCACUAACCCUUCUUCUCCAGCAAUCGCCAAACCCCCCUCCAUAACCUCCGCCCAAGUCAUCCGCUCCGUCCAACAACACUUCGAACCCUCCUCCCUCUUUGCACCGUGGCUAGCCCGGGAAAAAACCCGCCAACAAGCCGAAUCCGCGAAUCAAAAGACUAAACGGAAAUGGCGCGGUCGAAGGGCCGCGAGUGUGAAAAUGGGGCAUGGAGGAACAUUAGACCCGAUGGCCACUGGCGUGCUCAUCCUCGGCGUGGGAGCGGGCACGAAGCAACUUGGAUAUUACACAACCGGCUGCACGAAGAGCUAUGAGACUGUGGUUCUGUUUGGAGCGAGUACAGACACUUACGAUGUGGAAGGAAAAGUGAUCGCGAGGAAAGCGUUCGAGCAUAUCACACGGGAGAAAGUGGAGACGGCCUUGGCUGCGUUUCGAGGGAAGAUCCAGCAGAAACCGCCGAUAUACUCGGCGUUGAAGGUGCAAGGGAAGAAAAUGUACGAGUAUGCGAGAGAGGGCAAGGAGGUUCCCGGGGAAGGGAUCAAGGAGAGGAGUGUGGAGGUGCUGGAGUUGGAUGUGGUGGAGUGGUGGGAGGGUGGGGAGCAUGAGUACAGGUGGCCGGAGGAGGCGGUGGCAGAGGAAGUGGAGGAGAAGGUAAUGGGCGAUGGCGAGGGGGCGGUGCAAGAGCCUGUCGCUGGCCAAAAACGAGAGCGAUCGCAAGAAGAAGACGACAGCAGCGCACAGCCGACGACGACAGAAGCCGCUGAACCGCCCGCCAAGCGCUCCAAACCAGACAAGACUCCGCCGCCAUCACCCAAAAAGUCAAAGAAAUACUACUCUGCCCCUCCACCCACCUCCCAGACUCACCUCCCACGCUGUCCCGCCCCAGCAGUCCGCCUCCGAAUGAAAGUCACCUCUGGCUUCUACGUACGCUCCCUCUGUCACGACCUCGGAGUCGCCGUCGACUCCUUGGCAACAAUGGCGAGGUUAGUACGUACACAGCAAGGAGACUUCGAGCUGGGCAAGAACGUGCUGGAUUUCGAGGAUUUGGAAAAGGGAGAGGAGGUCUGGGGGGAGAAGGUUAGGGGUAUGCUUGGAGGAGGAGAUGGAGACGGGGUGAAGGGUGAGGAUGUCGAGGUGGAGGUGGAGGAGAAUGCAGUAGAGGCGAAGAAUGAACAGGGCACGCGAAGUGGUCAAGCGUCUGCUGUGAAGACUGCAGAGGCGGUUGAGCAGACCGAAGGAGGAGCGGCGCAGAGCAGUAAUGCUAUACUCGAGCGCGACGCUGCAGAGGCUGCAGAACAGACCUCUACAGAGAAGGAGGAUGCAAGGAGAGCAGAGCUUCUAGCCAGCAGAGGCUAUUCUUGA